AUCUGCCAUGAGUUACUUCCCCUCCAAGAAGUCAAACAAACCGCAAAUCUGCAUAGAAGCUUCUUUAAAUUACAUACAUACUUUUAUUUUUAUUUCAUUUAAACCCUUUUGUAUUGACUAAUUAAAGGUUUAGCUUCUUGGAUCUGGUCUUCUACAGCCAUCAUUUAAAUAAGUGUCUGCUCCUCUCUUUCAUCUCUAUAUUUUCCGGUUCACAAGAAAACACAAAAACCAAUCCAAAAAAGUUAAUUUUAUACAGUUUUUUAGCUCUGUUUAAUGAAAUGUUGAGUCCAUUCAUCUGUGGAAGUUUUAAUAAUCAAGAAUUAGCUGAGGACGAUCGUGAUUCUUUGAGCAGUAGUAAUGGCAGCCCGUGUACUACUCCAAGAAAAUCAAGAAAAGCCAGCUACAAAGAUAGCAAGAACCCGUAUUCGACUCGCGGCCUCGACAAAUUCUCUGCACUUUUAGCUGAGCUUGAAGAGAAGAGACAGAAGAUUUACUCUCAAGUUGGUUCUGAAGAUAUAUCAUUCGUCCGUUUCGUAUAUUCGAGCUCGAACGAUGUCGUUCCUAUCGUCGUUAAAAUGAAAGAUCAGCACAAAGAACAAAUCAAGACUGGUGGGGAUAAAAAUGAGAUCAAAGACAAGCAAAGAGCUAGUAAUUAUUCUACGGAGACGAUAAAAGUUGACGGGUUCGUUAAUUCUGAUAACAAAGAAUUAGCCAAUGAGCAAUCAAGAUUACAAGUUGAUAAAAUUACAGAUAAGAAGAAGAAGAAGGUGACGUGGAACUUGAAGAUGCAUAAAUGGAGACGGCCGUCUUAUUAUAUGCCGAUUUUUAUAAUCUUGAUAUUGGUUUUCCUUGCUUUUUUUGGAAGAUCAGUGGCCAUACUGUGUACAUCUAUUGGCUGGUAUUUAGUUCCUACGUUCAGUUCAAAAUGUUCAUCUGCUUCAGCUUCAAAACCAGUAAAGAAGAAGCAACUUAUCAGAAGAUUCAGUGAAAUUUCUCAUGCGAGCAAGAAUAAUAUUGAUACUGCAAAAGUUAUUAAAUCAUCCCAUUGCCGUCAAAAUAGCUUGUGAAAUAUAAUUUGAUUUUCUUGUUUCUUUCGUGUAUAUUUCUUUUAGUUUUUUUUUUUUGUGUGGAUAGUUGUAAAUUAAAAGGAAUUUUUGGAUUUUCAAAGUUUGGUUGGAGUUGAAAAUUCAAUCUCUUUCCCUUGACAUGUUCAUAAAUGUAAGUUAUGUGUUGGAAUAAGAUUUUGUUGUACAGUGCCCA